UCUGCCAGGUCCUUUUGACACUCAACCGCAAUAUAUAGCUUGCGGUAGGUAGUCUUACCGAGCUACUUCAGUCGCUUUGCAGGGAGAAGAUACGGCUUCACUUCCGCAACUGCAAAGUUGGUUUGUGAGCAUUCGCCAUGAAGAUCGCUGUGAUUGGACAGAGCCUUUUUGGGCAGGAGGUGUACAAAGAACUGAGAAAGGAGGGACACACCAUUGUGGGCGUGUUUACAAUACCUGACAAGGAUGGAAAAGCUGACCCAUUAGCCACGGAGGCAGAGAAGGACGGCGUGCCCGUGUUUAAGUUCCCGCGCUGGCGGCUGAAGGGCAAGGCCAUCCCCGAGGUGGUGGACCAGUACCGGGCGGUGGGGGCAGAGCUCAACGUCAUGCCCUUCUGCUCCCAGUUCAUCCCCAUGGAGGUGAUCGACUGCCCCAAACACGGCUCCAUCAUCUACCACCCCUCCCUGCUGCCACGCCACCGCGGUGCCUCCGCCAUCAACUGGACUCUGAUCCACGGCGAUAAGAAAGGCGGGUUCACUGUGUUCUGGGCCGAUGAUGGGCUGGACACGGGACCCGUUCUCCUGCAGAGAGAGUGCGACGUGGAGCCGGACGACACCGUCAACACCAUCUACAAGCGAUUCCUCUUCCCCGAGGGAGUGAAAGGCACGGUUGAAGCAGUGAGACUGAUUGCAACAGGGAAAGCGCCAAGGAUCACCCAGCCAGAAGAGGGCGCUACCUACGAGGGAAUUCAGAAAAAGGAGAACGCAAAGAUUGACUGGAACCAGUCAGCUGAAGCCCUGCACAACUGGAUCAGAGGAAAUGACAAGGUGCCUGGAGCCUGGGCAGAGGUGGACGGGCAGAAAGUGACGUUCUACGGCUCCACGCUGGUGGAUAACGGGUCCACCAUAAACGGUCAGCCCCUGGACAUCCCUGGUGCCAGCCGCCCAGGCCUGGUCACAAAGAACGGCCUGGUGCUGUUCGGCAACGAUGGCAAGACGCUGCUGGUGAAGAACCUGCAGUUUGAGGAUGGGAAAAUGAUUGCAGCUGCGCAGUAUUUCCGCUCUGCGAGCAGCGCUGCCGUGGAGCUGACCGAGGAGGAGAAGGCCUUCGCCGAGGAAAUGAGGGUGGUGUGGAAGAGCAUCCUGUCCAACGUGGAUGAGAUUGUAGACUCCACUGACUUCUUUAAGUCUGGUGCCGCCUCUAUGGAUGUGGUCAGGCUGGUGGAGGAGGUGAAGCUGAGAGCCAGCGAGCUCCAGCUGCAGAAUGAAGAUGUCUACAUGGCCACCACCUUCCAGGAGUUCAUCCAGAUGUGCGUGAGGAAACUGCGCGGAGAGGACGGCGAGGAGGAGCUGGUGGUGGAUUACGUGGAGAGAAACGUGAACAACAUGACCAUCCGCAUGCCACACCAGCUCUUCAUCAACGGAGAGUUUGUGGACGCAGAGGGAGGGAAGACCUACAAAACUAUCAACCCCAGCGACGGCCAGCCCAUCUGUGAGGUGUCCCUUGCCCAGGUGGCGGAUGUGGACCGGGCGGUGGCAGCGGCAAAGGAGGCCUUCGAGGAGGGGGAGUGGGGGAAGAUGAACCCCAGAGACAGGGGUAGACUCAUAUACAGGCUGGCUGACCUGAUGGAGCAGCACCAGGAGGAGCUGGCCACCAUCGAGGCCAUCGACUCGGGGGCGGUCUACACGCUGGCCCUGAAGACCCAUGUGGGCAUGUCCAUCCAGACCUUCCGCUACUUUGCCGGCUGGUGUGACAAGAUCCAGGGAACCACCAUCCCCAUCAACCAGGCCCGGCCCAACCGUAACCUGACCUUCACCAGGAGAGAGCCAAUUGGGGUAUGUGCCAUUGUGAUUCCCUGGAACUACCCCCUCAUGAUGCUGGCCUGGAAAACGGCGGCCUGUCUGGCUGCCGGCAACACCGUGGUCCUCAAACCUGCACAGGUGACCCCCCUGACAGCACUGAAAUUUGCCGAACUGACAGCCAGGGCGGGCUUCCCCAAGGGCGUGGUCAACAUCCUCCCGGGCGCAGGGUCCUUAGUGGGCCAGCGUCUGUCCGACCACCCUGACGUCCGCAAGCUGGGCUUCACCGGCUCCACGGAGAUAGGCAAGCAUAUCAUGAAGAGCUGUGCGGUGAGCAACGUGAAGAAGGUGUCCCUGGAGCUGGGAGGCAAAUCCCCUCUCCUCAUCUUCAGCGACUGCGAUAUGGAUAAAGCCGUGCGCAUGGGUAUGAGCUCAGUCUUCUUCAACAAGGGGGAGAACUGCAUUGCUGCUGGGAGACUGUUUGUGGAGGAGUCCAUUCACGACCAGUUUGUUCAGAAAGUGGUGGAGGAGGUAAAGAAGAUGAAGAUUGGAGACCCCCUGGACCGGUCCACAGACCACGGACCUCAGAACCACAAAGCCCACCUGGACAAGCUGGUGGAGUACUGCCAGAAAGGGGUGAAGGAAGGGGCCAGGCUGGUGUACGGAGGCAAACACAUAGCCCGUCCAGGCUUCUUCUUCGAGCCGACCGUGUUCACCGAUGUGGAGGACAGCAUGUUUGUCGCUCAGGAGGAGUCCUUUGGCCCCAUCAUGAUCAUCUCAAAGUUCAAGGAUGGGGAUGUGGACGGGGUGCUGAGCCGGGCCAAUGCGACUGAGUAUGGUCUGGCGUCGGGUGUGUUCACGCGUGACAUCAGCAGGGCGCUGUACGUCAGCGAGCGGCUGCAGGCCGGCACCGUGUUCGUCAACACCUACAACAAGACCGACGUGGCCGCGCCCUUCGGCGGCUUCAAGCAGUCCGGCUUCGGCAAGGACCUGGGACAAGAGGCCCUCAAUGAGUACCUGAAGACCAAAGCUGUGACCAUUGAGUACUGAGACAGAGCGCUUCGUUCACAUGUGAAUCAGUCCCCCGAUGUAAACUAUGAGCCUUAUGACGUGGCUGGGUUUUAUUGGUCCUUUCAGGCCUUUUCUUCCUGUUUUUGUUUUUUUUUUUUUUACUGGACUAAAAGGAGUCGAGAUGUCGGGCUGUCAUGACGGUACAUGUCCUGGCUGGUGUAUGUUUGCUGGUACAUGUUCUGGCCGGUGUAUGUUUGCUGGUACAUGUCUGGCUGGUGUAUGUUUGCUGGUACAUGUCUGGCCGGUGUAUGUUUGCUGGUACACAUGAUCAGCAGUAUGGCAUGAGAUGACCUUACACUGUAGCGUCAUUUACCAGCGACCAGGAAGCUGUCGGAACCCAUGUUCAGAUAGCGACAAUCUUCCUUUAAAGCCACAACACUCACAGAGAGGCCUUCAUUUCAGUUUC